UUUCUGUUUCCUUGUUUUGCUUUUCAGAUUUCAGAAAUGGAGAUUGGCUUAGCAGUUGCUGGUCCAUUUCUCUCUUCAGCUUUGAAUGUUCUCUUUGAUAGGCUUGCUCCUAAUGGUGAUCUGCUCAAGGUGUUUCAGAAGCAUACGGAUGGUGUUCAGCUCUUAGAGAAGCUGGAGGAGAAUUUGAGUGGUCUUCAACUUGUGCUAAGUGAUGCAGAGAAUAAGCAAGCAUCAAAUCGACUCGUGAGCAAGUGGUUAAAUAAGCUUCAGAGUGCUGUGGACUCUGCUGAAAACUUGAUAGAACAAGCCAAUUAUGAAGUUUUGAGGCUUAAGGUGGAAGGUCAGCAUCAAAAUCUUGCAGAAACAAGCAACCAGCAAGUAAGUGACCUCAACCUUUGCUUGAGUGAUGAUUUCUUUCUUAAGUUGGAAGACACUAUUAAAAAAUUGGAGGUGUUGGAAAACCAAAUCAGUCGCCUUGGCUUAAAGGAGCAUUUUGUUUCGACUAAACAAGUAACUAGAACACCUUCAACUUCUUUGGUUGAUGAAUGUGAUAUCUUUGGUAGGCAUAAGGAAAUAAAGGAUUUGAUUGACCGUUUAUUGUCUGAAGAUGCUAGUGGAGGAAACCUGACUGUAGUUCCUAUUGUUGGAAUGGGCGGCGCGGGUAAGACAACACUUGCUAAAGUGGUUUACAAUGAUGAGAAGGUGAAGAACCAUUUUGGUUUGAAAGCUUGGUGUUGUGUUUCAGAGGCAUAUGAUGCUUUCAGAAUAACAAAAGGGUUACUUCAAGGACUUGGCUCAUUUGACUCGAAGGAUGAUGGCAAUCUGAAUCAGCUACAGGUCAAAUUGAAGGAAAGCCUGAAGGGAAAGAAGUUUCUUGUUGUCCUUGAUGAUGUGUGGAAUGAUGACUAUAAUGAGUGGGAUAACCUGAGAAAUGUUUUUGUACAAGGAGAUAUGGGAAGUAAGAUCAUUGUAACUACACGUAAGGAGAGUGUUGCUCAGAUGAUGUGUGCUGAUCGUUGUGCAAUCACCAUAGGGACUCUGUCUAGUGAAGACUCUUGGGCUUUAUUCAAACGACAUUCACUAGAAAAUAGGGAUCAUCCAGAACUUGAAGAGGUUGGGAAAGAAAUUGCAGACAAGUGCAAAGGGUUGCCUUUAGCUCUAAAGGCACUUGCUGGUACUUUACGUGGCAAAUCAGAGGUGGAGGAUUGGAGAAACAUAUUAAGGAGUAAAAUAUGGGAGCAGCCAAGUUGUUUGAAGGGCAUAUUACCAGCGUUGAUGUUGAGCUACAAUGAUCUUCCUCCAGAUUUGAAGCAAUGUUUUGCUUUUUGUGCAAUAUAUCCCAAAGAUUAUCAAUUCCGCAAAGACCAAGUUAUUCACUUGUGGAUUGCUAAUGGUCUGGUACAACAGUUUCAUUCAGGUAACCAAUACUUUGUCGAGUUGAGAUCAAGAUCACUGUUCGAAAAGGUCCCAGAGUCUGAAUGGAAACCGGAGGAAUUCUUAAUGCAUGACCUUGUCAAUGAAUUGGCCCAAACUGUAUCUUCAAAACUUUGUAUUAGGUUGGAAGAGAACGAAGGAUCUGAUGAUAUGUUGGAACAAAGUCGGCACAUGUCCUAUUCUAUGGGAGAAGAAGGUGACUUUGAGAAAUUGAAACGACUCUCCAAAUCAGAGCAACUGAGGACAUUGAUUCCAAGCAAUAUCAGUUCCUCAUUUAGGCUAAGCAAGAGGGUGUCGCAUAACAUACUGCCAAGACUGACAUCCUUAAGGGCAUUAUCAUUGUCUCAUUACCAAAUUGUGGAGUUGCCAAAUGACUUGUUUAUCAAAUUAAAGCUCCUCAGAUUUUUGGACCUUUCUGAGACACAUAUUAAAAAGUUACCAGAUUCCAUUUGUGUCUUGUAUCACUUGGAAACACUUCUCCUGUCAUCUUGUCAAUUUCUUGAGGAGCUACCGCUGCAGAUGGAGAAGUUGAUCAACUUGCGUCAUUUUGACAUAAGCAACACUUGCUUGAAGAUGCCGCUACAUCUGACCAAGUUGAAAAGUCUCCAAAUGCUAGUGGGAGCCAAGUUUCUUGUAGGUGGUAGCGGUGGUUUGAGAAUGGAAGAUUUGGGUGAAGUACAUAACUUGUACGGAUCUCUAUCAGUUGUAGAGUUGCAAAAUGUGGUUGAUAGAAGGGAAGCUGUGAAGGCAAAGAUGAGGGAGAAGAAUCAUGUUAACAAGUUAUCAUUGAAGUGGAGAGAAAGUACUGCCGACGAUUCUCAAACUGAAAGAGAGAUACUUGAUGAGCUACACCCACACACAAAUAUUAAACAACUCAAAAUCACCGGAUACAGAGGGACAAAAUUUUCAAAUUGGCUAGCUGAUCCUUUGUUUCUUAAGCUGGUUAAAUUGUCUCUUAGCAACUGCAAGAACUGUGAUUCCUUGCCAGCACUAGGACAACUCCCUUGUUUGAAAUUCCUUUCCAUUAGUGAGAUGCAUCGAAUAACAGAGGUGACGCAAGACUUCUAUGGCAGUUCAUCCUCCAAAAGGCCUUUUAACUCUCUUGAGAAGCUUGAAUUUGAAGAUAUGCCGGAGUGGAAGCAAUGGCACGUACUAGGAAGUGGCGAGUUCCUUACACUUGAGUACCUUUCAAUUAAAAAUUGUCCGAAGUUGAUGGGGAAGUUGCCUGAAAAUCUUUGUUCUCUGACAGAAUUGAGAAUUUCAGAGACACCUCUUUUUGAUGAAGCUCAACUGUUUAGAUCCCAAUUUGAGGGAAUGAAGCAGAUUGUUAAAUUAUCUAUUCUUCGUUGUAACUCUCUUACCUCCUUACCUUUUAGCAUACUGCCCAGUUCCUUGAAGAGAAUAACCAUAGCUGGUUGUCAGAAAUUGAAAUUGGAGGAGCCAGUUGGUUAUUGUAACAUGUUUCUCAAGGUAUUGACACUGGAUGGAUGUGAUUGUAUAGAUGAUAUAUCACCUGAGUUGCUCCCAACAGCACGCGCUUUGUUUGUAUAUAAUUGCCACAACCUUACUAGGUUUUUGAUUCCUACUGCCACUGAAACACUCCGUAUUCGGGGAAGUGAGAAUCUUGAAAAACUUUCGGUGGCAGUUGGAACCCAUGAGUCUGCGAUAACGUCUUUGGAUAUUUCAUCUUGUGAGAAGCUGAAGUGUCUGCCAGAAAUAGAGCUCUUCAAUUUACAAGUCCUUCAUAUCUAUGAUUGCAAGAAACUAGUGAACGGCAGAAAGGAGUGGCGUUUACAGAGACUCCCCUGUCUCACUGAGUUAGUUAUCACACAUGAUGGCAGUGAUGAAGAGAUCCAACAUUGGGAGUUGCCUUCCUCUAUUCAAAGACUUGAAAUAUGGAAUGUGAAAACAAUAAGCAGCCAAGUUCUCAAAAGCCUCACCUCUCUUCAAUAUCUAUAUAUUUACGGUAAUUUACUUUAUAUUCAGUCACUGCUGGAACUAGGUGGGCUUCCCUCCUCUCUUUCUCAGCUACACUUACGGAACCAUGAUGAGCUCCAUUCACUACAUCUUUGCCACCUCACUUCACUUCAAUGUCUAGACAUCGGGUUUUGCCAUAAUCUCCAAUCACUCUCCGAAUCAACACUGCCCUCCUCCCUCUCUAAGCUGACCAUCUACAAUUGCAAUAAUCUCCAAUCACUUUCCGCAUCAGCACUGCCCUCCUCCCUCUCUCACCUGGAUAUCGCCCAUUGCUAUAAUCUCCAAUCACUCUCCGAAUCAGCACUGCCCUCCUCCCUCUCUCAGCUGACCAUCGAGUAUUGCCAUAAUCUCCAAUCCCUUCCAGUAAAAGGGAUGCCCUCUUCCCUCUGUAAUCUAUAUAUUAACGACUGCCCAUUGCUCAAACCACUACUAGAAUUUGACAAGGGGAAAUACUGGCCAAGUAUUGCUCAAAUUCCCUUCAUAAAUAUCGAUUGGGAACACCUGUAAUACUUAAAACUAAUGGUGCUCUA